AUGCGGCGCUCCCCCGAUGUCAGCCCGCGGCGGCUGUCCGACAUCAGCCCGCAGCUGCGGCAGCUGAAGUACCUGGUGGUGGACGAGGCCAUCAAAGAGGACUUGAAGUGGUCCCGCUCCGUGGAGGACCUCACCAGCGCUUCCGUGGGGCUCACCUCCAUCGAGGAGCGGAUCCUCCGCAUCACCGGCUACUACGGCUACCAGCCCUGGGCCGCCAGCUACAAACGGGAUGAGCGCUCCCGGGAGUCUCCAGCCCCAGCCGAAGCACAGAUGCAAGCUGGGGCGGAAGGUGGUGGAAGGGUGAACCGCUGUUGCUGGAAAUGCUCCGUGACGCAACUCAAGAAGAUCUUCUGGGGUGUGGCUGUGGUUCUGGGUGUCUGCUCCUCUUGGUCGGGUUCAACCCAGCUAGCAAAACUGACUUUUAAGAAAUUUGAUGCACCCUUCACUCUAACGUGGUUUGCAACAAACUGGAACUUUUUAUUCUUUCCUUUGUAUUAUCUUGGACAUGUUUUUAAGUCAGCUGAAAAGCAGUCUCCAAAGCAAAGAUACAGGGAGUGCUGCCGAUUUUUUGGAGACAAUGGCUUGACUUUGAAGGUGUUUUUUACCAAAGCAGCACCCUUUGGUGUUCUUUGGACCCUCACAAACUACCUUUACUUACAUGCAAUAAAGAAAAUAAACACUACGGAUGUCUCCGUGUUGUUCUGCUGCAACAAAGCUUUUGUGUUCUUGCUUUCAUGGAUCGUUCUGAGGGACAGGUUCAUGGGAGUGAGGAUCGUGGCUGCUAUAUUUGCUAUUGCGGGGAUAGUUAUGAUGACGUAUGCUGAUGGGUUUCACAGCCACUCCGUUAUUGGGAUAGCCCUGGUGGUGGGCUCUGCCUCAAUGUCUGCUCUCUACAAGGUUUUAUUCAAACUUCUUUUGGGCAGUGCUAAAUUUGGAGAAGCUGCCUUAUUCCUGUCUGUGUUAGCUGUCUUCAACGUCCUCUUCGUUACCUGUAUUCCUGUCAUCCUCUAUUUUACCAAAGUGGAGUACUGGAGCUCUUUUGACAUCGUUCCUUGGGGAAACCUCUGCGGAUUUUCGAUUCUCUUAUUGACAUUCAAUAUUCUACUAAAUUUUGGGAUUGCUAUUACUUACCCCACGUUGAUUUCUCUCGGAAUUGUACUGAGUGUCCCAGUGAAUGCGGUUGUUGAUCACUACACGAGUGAAAUUGUCUUCAACAGUGUCCGAGUAAUCGCCAUCAUCAUUAUUGGCCUGGGCUUCCUCCUGUUGCUCUUACCAGAGGAAUGGGAUGUCUGGGUAAUAAAGCUCCUCACACGUCUCAAAGUCCGGAAGAAGGAAGAAAUCCCCGAAGGGAAUGGAGACAUUACUUCAGGACUGCCUAACAAAAGCCGGAGAACUCGUCCCUCCAUGUCAUCCUUUGCUCAUUAAAUGCUCUUUUUACCAAAACUUUGUGGUUAACCUUAUACAUGAUGAUGCAAAGGUCUUUCCUUGGGAAGAAGCACACCUGUCCAACACGGUGUACAUACCUGUACAGUUUUGAUAUGAUCACCAUCUAAGGCAUCGAGUCUUGGCAUGUCCAGUUUGCUUGUACUUUUUUCACAUCAGACCUUUCACUUAAGUAGUACACUGAAAAAAACUGCAAACCAAGAACCUCUCUUCUCUUUUUAAAUGAAUGUAAUAUAUAGUCAAAAUAUAUUUACAUAGGUUAUUUUAAAGAAUGAUUUUCAUGAAAAGCAGGGCAGACAUUUUGAACAUUAGGUACUGAAUGAUGCAUUGCACACUGUGAUUUAAAAGAAACAAACGCUAUGCUACAUCACACAUUUAUUUUUUGACCAGAGCUGUACUCUGAAAGUUUUCAAGGAACAAAAAGGGAAUCUUUUGGGGGACAGGAAGAUGGGGGGAAGAGAGGAAGGAAGGAGGUUUGGAAAUCACUCUAUGUAAAUGAGCGCAUGUUGCGCUUCAACCAGGAGAAAAUUCAAGCACUAAAAAUGCUUGCACUAAAGCACUAGAGAGAAAGCAGUCUAGAGCCCAAAUCUCCUUAUUCUGCACAUGACUGUAGUCCACGUUUAAAAUCAUGCAAGAGAAAUCCAGUGCCUUCUAUAGAACUCUUGUCUUUACCCACGCAGAACCAGGUCCCUCCGCGAGGCACAUGCAAUGGCAGGGCUCAAGCUUGCGGCCCCAGGGGACCCCAAAUUCCCACCGACAUCAGGAUGUGCCCUCCAUAAGCGCCAUGGCUUCUGUGGGAAUGCGGGGCCCAGGGGACUGCAAGAUAGCAUGCAGGAGACCUGGUUCUCUUCUCACUUGCACAGGUUUUACCCCUGUGUGGAGCUGCGCUUGAUUAACACCAGUGUGAGGAAGGGGAAGUCUUGGUCAUGUGUGGGACAACCCAACCCAAAAUUAUCAAAGGGGCUGGCAAGAGCGUGGUUGAUGUACAGUCUGAGAGCAUGGACUAAGGGGGUGAAUCACCAGUUGCUUUUACUCCAUAAUUGUGAGUGUUGAAGAAUUUAAAAUGUAAGAUAUUUACAUCAAAUGUAACACUUUUUAUGAAACUUGUAAGCACCAGGAUGUUUACUUACGCGAUUUUGGUUCGCCAUUAAAUUUCUAUCUGUGAUAGACCACAUGCUAUGUAAAAAGGGGGGAAAAGGUUAUAGUUUACUAUUUUUGAAGUUUACAUUGUUGCAUACAAAAUUAAAAGUGUUCUUUUGAACUGCUGCCAUAGCCUAAGGGUCCCUGCUGCCACUGAGGUCCUCUUUGUCUCAGGCAGGGGUGGCACCCACUUCAAAACAUUUUAGCAAAUCAACUUUGGACUCCAUUAUCUGUUUGGCAAAGCUAAAUAAUAAAAGAUUUUAAACUCA